AUGUAUCAGGAAUUCUUCCUCGGCCAAGCUGGCAGCGAGUAUCGCCGCCUGAGCAUCGACACGUCCGUGUUUUCGACUGUGGCGCAGUUGAGUUUCCCCGCAGCAACGCGCAUCUACAGCAGCGAAUAUGGCGAGCUCGCGUCGCUGGACAAGAUCCAAUCGCACCCCGGCCCGCUCGAGCUCCGCGUCAAUCCGGAUGGCCCCGUCAAAACGCCCGCCGGGCCGCGGCCGCUCCCCGUGGUCGGCAACCACUACGAGGUGUACCCGGAUGCGCUGGGCAACUACGACCGGCUCUUCGCGCGGUACGGGCCCAUGUUCAAGACGACCAACAUGGGCACGACAAUCUACCACACCAACGACCCGGAAAUCGCGCGCUUCGUGCUGCGCGAGGGCGCCUUCUUCACCAAAACCACGUCGGACCCGGCACACCCACUCUUCUACAUGCAGGAGCAAACGGCCCUCUUCACGUGCGACUCAGCGUCGCCCGCCUACCCGCUCGCCCACAAGUUCGUGCCGCCGGCCCUCUCGCCGCGCGCCGUUGCGCACCACACGCCGCUGGUGCAGGCGGCCGCGCGCUCCAUCUUCCCCGUCCUCGACGCGCUCGACGCUGACCAGCGCGCCUUCAACGUCUAUCAGUACAUGUUCAAGAUGGGCGGCCAAGUCAUCUGGCGCGUCGUCGCGGGCCAAGACGUCGCCCACUUCGCCGCCGUCGACACGCCGCCGACGCACGCCAUCCGCCUCUUUGGCGAGUACCUCGCGCUAAUGAAGAAGAUGUCGCUGCGGCCGGCCUGGUUCGGCCGCCUCCCGUUCGGCGACCCCGCCCGCCUGCGCAAGGUGCGCGAGGACCUGUUCGCGACCGUCGAGCAGGCCAUGGACGCUGCCGUGACGCCCGGCGCCGGGACGCUGCCGCUGCGCGACCCGCUGUCGCAGCAGCGCGCCGCGUGCGUUGCCGACUUUUUGGCGAGGGCGCGCGAUGAGAAGGGCGAGGCGCUGCCGCGGGACGUGUUGCUGGGCAACGUCACGGUGCUGCUCGGCGCCGGCUUCGUGACCAGCGCGUCGCUGCUGUCGUGGGCGCUCUACUCGCUCGUCGCGUACCCCGGCAACCAGGAGCGCCUGUUGCAGGAGAUAGCCGACCACGGUGGCUGCGCGGGCGACGGCGAGGGCGAGAGCCGGCCGUGGUCGUACGACGAGGUGCACAGCUUGAAGUUCCUUGAUGCCUUCGUCAAGGAGACGCAGCGCCUGCACAGCCCGAGCUUCCAGACGGCCCGCAACGCGAAGACGGACGUCGUGCUGCCCGGCGGCUACCUCGUGCCGCAGGGCGCCGUCGUGAUUGCCUGUUUUCCCAGCAUGCACAAGAAUCCGCGCUUUUGGGACAAUCCGGCUAGGUUUGAGCCCGAGAGGUGGAUGGCCGACGGCGUGGCGGCCGAGGCGGCGAGGAAGGGCUUGUAUACGCCGUUUGCCGCGGGCGCGAGGGGCUGCGUCGGGUUUAAUCUGGCGCUGUUGCAGGUAAAGAUGGUGCUGAUUGAGCUGGUGUGGAGGUAUCGGUUCGAAGACGCUUCGCCCGAGCCAGUCGUCUAUGACCCCGAGUUCUUGGUUACGAGGCCGCUGAACUUUUAUGCUAGCGCUGUCAGGCGGACGAAGUGGCCGGAGAAGUCGAAGGUCUAG